CUGAGAAACGAGCAGCGCUAGAGGAGCGCACCGUGCCUUAUAUACAGACUAUCUUUGGGAACUCUGAACGCGGUUUCCACCGCGCACACAAUUGGUCCAGGAGCCGUAUUUAUUAGGUAGGAGGCGCUCCUGCCGGGCAAACUUUGUUCAUGACUGUGGAAGUUCACUCGAGGGAAAAGCGCACAGACGUUUGACAUCUCUUCAGGAGCAAGUGCAUUAAUACUGAACACACACAGAAAGCACGCGUGGACAUGGCUUUACCUUGCAUUUUGCCUUCGAUUUCAACGUUUGCAAACCAGAAGGAGAAGCUCUGGGAGGAUAGAUGGAAGAUUGAGGAGCACAAACCACUGAACACCAGCUGCCCUCCACUCAACGUGGCGCUGAACACAGACACUUGUCGAGGCCGCAAGGAUGACGAGGAUCUCAGCAAUUAUUUAGACCUGGAGUUUAUCCUGGCCAACACCACGGGCCCUCUGGAGGCUGGAGCCGAGUUCAUCUCCCACUCCGAGCCGUGCAGCAUGUACUCCGCUGCAGUUUAUUCAUCUCAAGAAGCACCUCCACCGUACGGCCUCAUGGCUGAGCUGCUGCGAUCUGACGUGGACUCCACGUACGACGCCACAGUCCAGGGGAGAUUCCUUCUCAACUCCAGCGGCUUCCCCAGACAGGACUUUCCUGAAAUCAAAGUGGAGCCGCCGAUGGAUGGCUACGGUCCGGUGAUGGGCAUGGUGCCGCAGACCUGCCAAAAAAUCAAACAGGAAGGCAACGUUUCAUGCAUGAUGUCUUUCGAGCAGCCCAGACUAGCCGUUUCUCCGCAGGCCACCGGUAAUAUGACUCCUCCGCUGAGUCCCGACGACUCCCACCUCCGCCAAACGGCCUAUUCACAGAGCUACCAUCACUCUCCUCCGGCGUAUCCGCAGAUGCCGAUGCAGUUCACUGCGCCACACCAGUUUGCCAUGUAUGAGGAGGCAAUGGGGAUGCAACCCGGCAUGCAGCGGGCUCUUCUCACUCCUCCGUCCUCUCCGUUAGAGCUAAUGGAGUCCAAACCCAAGCGAGGGCGACGCACCUGGCCAAGGAAGCGCAUGGCGACACAUACCUGCACAUACGCCGGCUGUGGGAAGACGUACACCAAAAGCUCGCAUUUAAAAGCGCAUCACCGCACUCACACCGGUGAAAAACCGUACCACUGCAACUGGGAGGGAUGCGGAUGGAAGUUCGCCCGUUCUGACGAGCUGACGCGUCACUUCCGUAAACACACAGGCCACCGGCCGUUCCAGUGCCACCUGUGUGAACGCGCCUUCUCCCGCUCCGACCACCUGGCGCUGCACAUGAAGAGACACCUGUGAGGGCCGGAUCCACCACAACUGCCUUAUUUAAUGACUCUUAUUAUAUAUAUAUCAUCAUACUUUUAAAACAAAGUAGCUGGUACUACAUAGAUCACGCAGAGCUCUUUUUAAGGCCUUUUUGGGGGUUAAAAAGCAUCCUGAAAGGCUGGUCCUAAGAAUCAGUGUCCAAUCCGGAGACUGUUAUGUUUGAUUAACGAUGCCUUUCCGAAGCCACAACGAGUGCAAAGCCUGACGACUAGCAAACCAAAGUGGAAAAUGCACAACGAUGUUGACAAUGUUUUGCUCGAAACUGCCAUGCAACAAACAUGUUUCAUUUUUACUAGGGCUGGGAUGAUAAAAUUAUCAUUGCGAUUCCUUUUUCAAUCGAUUCGGAGCUUAGUUUUUACCACCGGAGGGCACUGCAUGCUUUACACAUACAAUCCUUACACAUACCAUUUCAACAUAAAACAAUUAUUAAUAAAUACAUGCGUGCAUUUGACCAUUUACAGUACAUAAACAAAAGUACAAGCAAUUAGAGCGCCGUCUGGUGUUUAAAAACUAUCCUAGAGUGCAUUCUGCUGCUCAAAACUAACCUAGACAUCUGUUAAAAUGAGCCUAUAGUGCGUCUGCUGUUAAAAACUAGCCUAUAGUGUUCUCUGGUGUUAAAAACUAGCCUAGAGUGCCAUCUGGUGUUUACAAAACUAGCCUAGAGCACAUUCUGCUGCUCAAAACUAGCCUAGACAGCUGUUAAAAAUGAACCUGUAGUGAGUCUGCUGUUUAAAAACUAGCCUAGAGCGCCCUCUGCUGUUCAAAACUAGCCUAGACCACACUUCAAACUAGCCUAGAGCGCCCUCUGCUGUUCAAAACUAGCCUAGACUGCUCCUCAAACUAGCCUUGAGCACCGUCUGCGGUUCAAAACUAGCUUAGGCUACUGUUAAACAUUAGCCUAGAGUGCCAUCUGCUGUUAAAAACUAACCUAGAGCGCCAUCUGCUGUUAAACUAACAGAGUGCCAUCUGCUGUUAAAAACUAACCUAGAGCACCAUCUGCUGUUAAAAAACUAGCCUAGACCGCUGUCUGCGGUUAAACUAGUCUAGAGCGCCAUCUGCUGUUAAAAAACUAGCCUAGACCGCCAUCUGCUGUUAAAAAACUAGUCUAGAGCACCAUCUGCUGUUAAAAAACUAGCCUAGACCGCCGUCUGCGGUUAAAAAACUAGUCUAGAGCACCAUCUGCUGUUAAAAAACUAGCCUAGACCGCCGUCUGCGGUUAAACUAGCCUAGAGCGCCAUCUGCUGUUAAAAAACUAGCCUAGAGCACCAUCUGCUGUUAAACUAGCCUAGAGCGCCAUCUGCUGUUAAAAAACUAGCCUAGCGCACCAUCUGCGGUUAAAAAAAACUAGCCUAGAGCACCAUCUGCUGUUAAAAAACUAGUCUAGAGAACCAUCUGCUGUUAAAAAACUAGCCUAGCGCACCAUCUGCUGUUAAAAAAACUAGCCUAGAGCACCAUCUGCUGUUAAAAAACUAGCCUAGCGCACCAUCUGCUGUUAAAAAAAACUAGCCUAGAGCACCAUCUGCUGUUAAAAAAACUAGUCUAGAGCACCAUCUGCUGUUAAAAAAACUAGCCUAGAGCACCAUCUGCUGUUAAAAAACUAGUCUAGAGCACCAUCUGCUGUUAAAAAACUAGUCUAGAGCACCAUCUGCUGUUAAAAAACUAGUCUAGAGCACCAUCUGCUGUUAAACUAGUCUAGAGCACCAUCUGCUGUUAAAAAAACUAGCCUAGAGAACCAUCUGCUGUUAAACUAGUCUAGAGCACCAUCUACAGUUAAAAAAAACUAGCCUAGAGCACCAUCUACGGUAAAAAACAAACCUAGAGCACCAUCUGCUGUUAAAAAGCUAGCCUAGAGCACCAUCUUCAAUUAAAAAAACAAAUCUAGAGCACCAUCUGCUGUUAAAAUCGUAGCUCAGAAUUGGUUCCAGAAAUAAUCAGGAUGCAUUCAAACAUCCAGCAAUCGAUUCAUGAAUCACAAUACAUUGAUUUAUCCUUCCAGCCCUAGUUUUUACCCGUUUCUUUCCAAAUGUCGGUAACGCUUUACAAUAAUGCUGCAUUCAGUAAAUGCAUUGACCAAGAAAAGUGUGUAAUUCAGGUGCAUUGAAUAACGCCAACAAAUGCAACUUUUGUAAGUGUUAAAGGGACAGUUCACUCCAAAAAUGAAGAUGACCACCUCAUUUACUCACACUUUGAGUUUCAUCCGACACAAAAAUAUCCAUUGACUUCCAUUGUAAUUGUUUUUCAUACUAUGGAAGUCAGUGGAUAUCAUCAAGUAGCAUUCUUCAAAAUAUCUUCUUUAGUGUUCAACAGAUGACAUGAAUGAAUGAUGAUUUAAUUUCAUUUAAAGAUUUAAUUCUCUGUGUGAACUAUCCCUUUAACACGUUCACUAUUGUAAAAUGUUCCUCAAACGGCGGCACAUUAGUGUCCUCUUGUUCAGUAGCACCGGAUGCGCUGGGUCUUGAAGUCCUGGGUCUUUUUUAUACAAUUGUGUACAUACAUUUUAUAUUGUAAGUACUGUAUUUAUUGUAAAUAUUAAACUAAAUUUGAAUAUA